ACCAAUCGGAUGGGUCCUUUGGCGGUUCAUACGGAAACCAAAGCUAAUGACCGAUGUUUGUUAUGCUAUCAGUAGCAGCAUGCCUGCUGAACGCAAGCGAUCAGUAAACAUGGACGACAAAGAAGUGUGCACCUUCAGCAACAAGGACAAAGAUAAGGACCGAGACGGCGACAGAAGACCGGGAUCUGCUCGAGACAAAGCAAAAGACGAAGCCAAAAUGAGCAGCAAGAAAGACGGCGGCAAAGAGGAGAAGAGAAAGCGCCUAGAGGAGGAAAAGAAGAAGAAGGAGGAAAAGGAUCGUAGAAAGAAGGAGGAGGAGAAACAGAAGGCAGAGGAGGAGAUGAAGAAGAAAGAGGAGGAGGAGAAGAAACAGCAGGAGGAGCAGGAGAAGAAGCUUCAGGAGGAGGAGGCCAAACGACAGCGUGAGGAGGAAGCUGCUCUCCUUAAGGAGAAGGAGGAGGGCCAUCAGCUGCACCAGGAGGCCUGGGAGCGCCACCAGUGCAGGAAGGAUCUCCGCGGUAAGAACCAGAAUGCCCAGGAGGGUCGUCCUGAAGAGGCUUUCUUCAGCCGCCUGGACUCCAGUCUGAAAAAGAACACUGCUUUUGUGAAGAAGCUGCGUACACUCACUGAGCAGCAGCGAGACUCGCUCUCCAAUGACUUUAACUCUCUGAACCUCAGCAAGUACAUCGGCGAGGCUGUGAGCUCUGUCGUAGAGGCCAAGCUGAAGAUCUCUGACGUUGGCUGUGCCGUUCACCUCUGUUCCCUCUUCCACCAGCGCUACGCCGAGUUCGCUCCGUUACUGUUACAGGCCUGGAAGAAGCACUUUGAGGCCCGGAAGGAGGACAAGGCACCGAACGUGAGCAAGCUGCGCACAGACCUGCGAUUUAUCGCCGAGCUCACCAUCGUCGGCCUCUUCACGGACAAAGAAGGACUCUCUCUCAUUUAUGAGCAGCUGAAGAACAUCAUCGGGACCGACCGUGAGACGCACACGCACGUGUCGGUGGUGAUCAGCUUCUGUAAGCACUGCGGGGACGACAUCGCCGGUCUGGUCCCACGUAAGGUGAAGCUGGCUGCUGAGAAGUUCGGCUUGGCCUUUCCUCCAAGUGAGAUUAUCAGCACAGAGAAGCAGCAGCCCUUCCAGAACCUUCUGAGGGAGUACUUCACUUCACUCACCAAACACCUGAAAAAGGACCACAGGGAGCUGCAGAACACCGAGAGGCAGAACAGGCGUAUCCUUCACUCCAAAGGAGAACUGAGCGAGGACCGACACAAGCAGUACGAAGAGUUUGCCACCUCCUACCAGAAGCUGCUGGCUAACACGCAGUCCCUCGCUGAUCUGCUGGAUGAGAACAUGCCGGAGCUGCCGCAGGACAAGACCGUGCAGGAAGAGCACGGCCCCGGCAUUGACAUUUUCACUCCUGGUAAGCCUGGAGAAUACGACCUGGAGGGAGGAAUCUGGGAGGAUGAAGACGCUCGUAACUUCUAUGAGAACCUGGUGGACCUAAAGGCCUUCGUUCCCGCAAUCCUCUUCAAGGACAACGAGAAGAGCAGCCAGGGCAGAGAGAAGGACGAUGGCAAAGAUGGCAGAGAAGGCAAGGACUCAGCCAGCACCACAGAGGAGCUGGAGUUAGAGCUGGAGGCUUUGGACAUCACAGAUGAACCUCUGGAGCUGGAGGGACCAGACGAGGCAGAAAACGAGGAGCUGGCUAAAAAACUGCUGGAUGAGCAAGAACAAGAGGAUGAAGAGGCCAACACAGGGUCCCACUUGAAGCUCAUUGUAGAUGCCUUCAUCCAGCAGCUCCCUAACUGUGUCAACAGAGAUCUCAUAGAUAAGGCUGCCAUGGACUUCUGCAUGAACAUGAACACCAAAUCCAACAGGAGGAAACUCGUCCGAGCUCUCUUCACCGUCCCCAGACAGAGGUUGGACCUUCUGCCCUUCUACUCUCGCCUGGUGGCAACUCUCCAUCCAUGCAUGUCUGACGUGGCUGAAGACCUGUGCUCCAUGCUGAAGGGAGACUUCAGGUUUCACAUUCGUAAGAAGGACCAGAUCAACAUCGAGACAAAAAAUAAAACGGUCCGGUUCAUCGGGGAGUUGGCCAAGUUCAAAAUGUUCUCGAAGACGGACACGCUUCACUGUCUCAAGAUGCUGCUGUCAGAUUUUACCCAUCAUCACAUCGAGAUGGCGUGCACGCUGCUGGAAACCUGCGGCCGCUUCCUCUUCAGAUCUCCAGACUCCCACCUGCGUACCAGUGUCCUACUGGAGCAAAUGAUGCGUAAGAAGCAGGCGCAGCACCUCGAUGCUCGCUACAUCACCAUGGUGGAAAACGCCUACUACUACUGCAACCCUCCACCUGUGGAGAAAACGGUGAAGAAGAAGAGGCCGCCGCUGCAGGAGUACAUCCGUAAGCUGCUCUACAAAGACCUGUCCAAGGUGACCACGGAGAAGGUGCUGAGGCAGAUGAGGAAGCUGCCGUGGCAGGACCCCGAGGUGAAGAGCUUCCUCAUCUGCUGCAUGGUCAACAUCUGGAACGUCAAGUACAACAGCAUCCACUGCGUCGCCAACCUGCUGGCCGGUCUGGUCGCCUACCAGGAGGAUGUGGGGAUCCACGUGGUGGACGGCGUGCUAGAGGACAUCAGACUGGGCAUGGAGGUCAACCAGCCGAAGUUCAACCAGCGGCGCAUCAGCAGCGCCAAGUUCCUCGGCGAGCUUUAUAACUACCGCAUGGUGGAGUCCGCCGUCAUCUUCCGCACUCUCUUCUCCUUCAUCUCCUUUGGGAUCAAUCAGGACGGCAGCCCGAGCCUCCUCGACCCUCCUGAGCACCUGUUCCGCAUCCGCCUGGUCUGCACGCUGCUCGACACGUGCGGACAGUACUUCGACCGCGGCUCCAGCAAGAGGAAACUCGACUGUUUCCUCAUCUACUUCCAGCGGUACAUCUGGUGGAAGAAGAGCCUGGACGUCUGGACCAAAGACCACCCGUUCCCCAUCGACAUCGAUUACAUGAUCAGUGACACCCUGGAGCUGCUGCGGCCCAAGAUGAGGCUGAGCUGCUCCCUGGAGGAGGCCACCAAACAGGUCACAGAGCUGGAGAGGGAGGUGCUCGUCAAACUGGGUCUGGCAAUGGAAAAAGAUGGCCGCUCCAGCGCCAUGAGCGAAGGCGAGGGUCUUGACGAAGAAGACGAUGAUGGCGAUGAUGAUGAAGAGGGCGGCGCAGAGACGGAGGAGCAGUCGGGCAACGAGAGCGAAAUGAACGAACAGGAAGAGGAUGAGGGAUCUGAGAAUGAGGAGGAGGAGAGGGAGGAAGAAGAGGAGGAGAACACCGACUACCUGACUGACUCCAACAAAGAGAAUGAGACAGACGAGGAGAACAAUGAGGUCACCAUCAGGGGAGGAGGACUGAAGCAUGUAGCUUGUGCUGAGGACGAGGAUUUCAUUCAGGCUCUAGAUAAGAUGAUGCUGGAGAACCUGCAGCAGCGCAGCGGCGAGACGGUGAAGGUGCACCAGCUGGACGUGGCGAUCCCGCUGCAGCUGAAAAGCCAACUGAAGAAGGGGGGCUCCGGACAGCCGUGCCUCGGGGAAACAGAAGCAGACAUCUCUGACACCAUGCAGUUUGUGAUGCUGACACGUAAAGGAAACAAACAGCAGUAUAAGAUCCUGAACGUGCCGCUGUCGUCCCACCUGGCGGCGAAUCACUUCAACCAGCAGCAGGCUGAGCAGGAGGAGCGCAUGAGGAUGAAGAAGCUGACCCUGGACAUCAACGAGAGGCAGGAGCAGGAGGACUACCAGGAGAUGAUGCAGUCCCUGGCGCAGCGUCCCGCUCCGGCCAACACAAACCGAGAGCGCCGGCCUCGCUACCAGCACCCGAAAGGCGCUCCCAAUGCCGACCUCAUCUUCAAGACCGGAGGAAGGAGACGCUGAUUGGAGUCUGGGCCCAGGCUGAACGAGCGAGCAAGAGAGCGAGUGAUCGAGCAAAAAGAGAGAGAGAAAGAGAAGAUCGGAGGGGAAACCGGUCGAAACAGGGAACGAGUCCUCCAGACGCCCGCACAUGCCGGCACAGACCAAAACCCGCUGACGUGAACAGACACUCUGACGAGGCUGAUGGGGCGCCGGGGGAGAAGAAGAGCCUGGAGCCGGAGGUCAGACGUCUGUCACACGCGAUGGCUCUCUUUCUGUUUUUGUCUGUUGCCUGAGAUGACAGAACACAAACCCGUCUGGACCAAACUACAAACAAAGACGACUGAACUCCUGAGCGGUCGACUGACAGCGAGACGGACGGGAGGGCGGGGUUAACGGAUCGCCUCCGGUGGGGAAAACACUGACUCAUAUUUAGGAGUUAAAAACCUGCGAGUGGACAACAUUUUCACCAGACUAGCGAGGAACGUUUUGUUUUUGGACUCUUGGAUUGGGAACAUUUUUGUUUGUCCGUCACGAUGCGGCUAAGACGCUGGAGUACAGUGGAGUUUUCACAUCAUUCAAAAACUGGCUGAAUCGAUGUUCUCGUACACAAAUUAUGAGGUUGAAGUGUAUCUGAUGGUGUGUUUGUCUUGACCUGGAGGAAUCUGUUGGAGCUAGUCAGAGUUAGCUCAACGAUAUCACUGUUAACAGGGGAAACGGCUAGCUAAGCUGUUCUCUGUCUUUCCAUUAUUACAGCGAGUACAAACGUCUUUACGGUUGGUAAAGACGAGCUUUUCGACCCCCCAGGAGACGAGGAAAACCGUCACUACAAGUAAAGCUCAAGUAACCCUGAGAGCUUUGUGGAUGCAGAUGUAAUUAGCAGAGUAGGCUAGCUUUUCCCCUUGGUUACAUUCUCCAUGCUAAGCUAAGCUAACAACCUCUGGCUUCCAUCUAUGAACGGGGUUCAAAUCUUCUAAAAACUGUCGUAAAAAAAAGGGAAAAUGGCAAUAAUGGUCGGUGAAGUUCGUCAGUACUUUUCAAUACCACACGGUUCAGUUGCUUUUUUAAAUGAUUGUUUUGAAAAGUAUUGGAGCUUUAGAAAUGAAACAGAUCUUGGGUCCAAUUUUUAACCUAGAGAGAAAAGCAGCGAUGGUCUGUUCAAGCUCACAAGUAGCAAAUACCGAUGUUUUUCAGGUCCUUUAAUGCCUCCCUGACCCCAUUUAUACCUUGCAUUAACACAUUAACAUGCAUUUGGAUACCAAAUGGUAUUUUUUAAUGCUGCUAGGUGCAUGAGCCUCAGCUGAUACCUGAAAACUCAGACUGGAUGUGCUUUGGGAUGUUUUUGCCCAGAUUAGUCUGGCGGUCCAUAGGGGUGUGACGGUUCACAGAGGUCACAGUUCGAUUCCUCGGUAUUAGGUCUGAACAAUUUGAGAAAAUAACCUGAUUGUGGUUUAAUAUGUGAUUAUUUUUAGGUUCGUCCUCUUAGGUAUUUUUCAACAAACAUAAGAAAUAAAUCCUUCUACAGCAGUGGUUUUCAAAGUGUGGAAGA